UCCUUUGUGUCGCCUUUCACAAAUAAGCACUCGGCCGACCUGUGCGCGCGCGCGCAUCUUUCGCUUCGCUCCCCCAUCUCUCUUUGAAACUUUUUUUUUUCUUACUCUAUACAUUCUACGAGGCCAUGGACCUCCCCUGAUUUGAAUCCGCCGACAAACUCAUCAAUCAAACGCCAAAAACGCGUACGGCCGGCUUCAUCCGCCUCUUCUUUUUUUUUCUCUUUUUUUUUUUGCGCAUUUCCAGGCGUCGCAGAUGGCCGCCACAGUUGCUGAAACGCAGCCGGCCACUCCUGCGUUAUCAGCCGGCAUGGCCUCGUCUCACCAGCUCCACCAGGCCGGUAACGCUCCCAAGCCUCUACAGCUGACUCGCACGUUCAAACUCGCCGAUUUCACGCGGGUACGGACUCUGGGAACAGGGACAUUUGCUCGAGUGUGUCUCGUCCGCCCUGCUAGCGCCACCGUGCCUCUGGAAGAGGACAAGAACGCAGAAGUUUACGCCCUCAAGAUCCUCAAAAAGACAGAGGUUAUCAAGCUGAAGCAAAUCGACCACGUGCGCCACGAACGAGCAGUCCUCGCAGAUGUGGCAGGCCAUCCCUUCAUCACCAAUCUGCAGGCUUCCUUUUCCGACAGAGAUUGUUUGUAUCUGGUUCUCGACUACGUCCCUGGCGGCGAGCUUUUCAGUUAUCUGCGCAAAUACCGCCGGUUCGAUGAGCAGGUCGCCCGCUUCUAUGCCGCCGAAAUUGUUCUCGUACUGGAGUACUUGCACGAGAAGCAGGGCGGCGUCGCUUACAGAGACCUCAAGCCGGAAAACCUGUUGUUGGACAGGGACGGGCACAUAAAACUGGCCGACUUUGGCUUUGCGAAAAGACUAGGUUAUAAAGAUGAUAGACCCGUCGAGACUUACACGUUAUGUGGGACGCCCGAAUACCUUGCGCCAGAGGUAAUUCAUAACAAGGGCCAUACGACGGCAGUGGACUGGUGGGCGCUGGGCAUCCUGAUAUAUGAAUUUUUGACGGGCUACCCUCCUUUCUGGCACCAGAACCCUAUUGAGAUUUACAAGCAGAUUGUCGAGAAACCCGUCGUCUUUCCUCAAGAGCCUCACAUUUCAGACGAGGCCAAGGACAUUAUCAAGUCGUUUUGUACACUCGACCGCUCCAGACGCCUCGGUAAUAUCAGCGGCGGGGCCGGCCGCGUCAAAGCCCACCCCUUUUUCCACGGAGUCAACUGGGAGGAUCUCCUCAGUCGUCGGCAGCCCGGCCCGAUUAUUCCCCCCAUUCGAUAUCCCGGCGACGCCCAGUGUUUCGACAUGUACCCCGAGGACGACGGGAAGGGAGACGUUUAUACGGCCGAGUUGGCCAAUAAAUACGACCAAUAUUUUGAGGAUUUUUAAAAGACACGAUAAGCUAUAUAUACCUUUUUGGCUUAUGCUUAAUUUUGUUUUUGUUAAGGCGGGAAAAAAAGAAGAGAUAGCGUAAUGUCUUUACCUGUCUGUGUAUGAAUGUGUGUAUGAGAGAGAAAGAGCUUGCGUGUCUGUUUCAAAGUUUCAUUAAUUUUAAUUGGCGAGAGAGAAGUGUGUUAUAGGUAAUACCUUUUUUGUUUUUCUUUUGGGUGCAAAGUCUUUUGUUUUCAGAACCUUGAAAGGG